CUUCAAACAAGAUCUUAUAAACUUCCCUUGGUGGCAGGUUGUAGACUGUGAUAAUGUUAACCAGAAGACUGCAAUUCUCUCAGAUAUGAUAUUGACUCUUUUUGAUUCCCAUGCGCCAAUAUGUGAGAAAAAAGUUACCAGGCCACCUUCCCCGUGGUUUACUGAUGCGUUGCGUGCGAUGAAGAAUUACCCGGUGACACUGCCCAAUGAGUCUGGAGUUUUUCUGAACCUCAACUCGAAUGGCCAGUCCCAGAAGUUCGUGUUCGUUGAACACUUGCUUCAAUCGAAUGACGUGAAGAGGGCUAUAUCCCCUCUGCUCCAGUUCUCCCUUAAUCUCAGUAUCCGAAAAGCUGACGGGAACUCCUCGAACCACCGCAUGGAUGUUCCGUUCCAAAGGGAGAGGAAAAAUCUUUUGACUCCUAAAGGACCCUGUACAUUACUAGUAAUUUCUGUUAUUACGCUUGCGUUGCACUACCCGGAGCUCCCCAGCACAUAA